AUGGAAGUCCUCAGCCCGUCUGCCACCAAUGGCACCGGGCCCCCUCCAGUCCUCGAACCUCCAGAUCCGCUAGCAGUCCUUGAACAUAUCGCGAGUCUGAUCGAGACGUCGCUGGGAACCGCUAGAAGAGAACUCGAAGCUGUCGGUAGUCUGCUGUCAGAGAGUAAACGAGCAGGAACGAUCGAGAAAGUCACCCAAUUCUCUACAGAGUCACAACCCGCACUCUAUGCCCACAAGGACCGGCGAGACGAAUUGGUUAAUGGCCACGAUGAUACACCGAGAAUAGAGCAUGUAUACACCAUAUCCUCCGAAUUCUCAGCGUCCCGUUCGACCGUCUCGUCCAUCGUCUUCCUGAAACAGGCAGUCAGUCUUGAUGGCAGCCGACCGAUCGCACAGCAGAUCAAUGCCACUGUACUACCCAGCUCAGCGAUACCAGACGAAGAUGGUCCCUCCGAGACUACAGGCGCAUCACCAUUCGAGGUCCUGCAUUCCCUUCUUCACAAUGUCGUUACUCCAUACUUCGAAUCGUACACCCGAAGUCAGACCUCCGCUGGUCGGAUGUGGUAUGACUCCGAAGCAAAGUCUGGGAUACCGGGCGCACGUCGACGACUAGGCGAGUUGGAGAUGAGCCUGCUGCACCUCCAGCAGAACACGGACAUCCCCAUGGUCAACUUGUCGAUGCACCCCAUUGUGGCGGAUGUUUUGCAACAGGCUGAGGCGGCUGGCAAGACACCGAGUAUCUCAAUGAUACCUGCCCAUGUUCUAGACGACUCCAAGGUGCUCAACAGCGUGCAGAGCCAAGUCAACAAUUGGGUUAAGUCUAUUCAGGGCAUAACAAAACUCGUGAAAGACUCAGAAUGCGGCUCCGCGGCUCAGGAGAUCAACUUUUGGCUGUCACUAGAGUCAGCCCUCAGCCGAGUCGAGAAAUCGCUCCAAAGUCCGGGCGUACUAUUGACUCUGGACAUUCUCAACAACGGCAAGCGCUUCCAGGCAGGCAUCAGUCUGAAUCAGGACACGAAUCUUGCACCUGCUCAGACCACUGUGCACAAUUACAAUGUGCUGAUGAGAGACUUUCCACUCGAUGAGCUGUCGUCAGCCACAAGUUUGGUCAGGGUCCAAGAAGCACUAACCCAGAUCUUCAAUCACAUCAACAAGAAACUUCGACUGAGCAGCAACUAUCCUGUCAAGCGCGCACUAAAACUGGUGGAGGGUAUCUCAGAAGAUCUGAACAUUCAGAUACAUCGAGUCCUGCGUGGAAAGCCCUUGCUCUCCCUCACUUACGCCGCAUUCCAGGACAUCGUUCGUGCAGCGGAUUCUAUCUGGGCUACUUGGGAGGAGUCCGUACGAGAAUUUACAGCCAUCGCAAGAGACCUAAUUCGCAAACGCAACACUGAGUUUGUGCCAAUCAAGAUCAACCCUCGUCAUGUGCAGACGCAAGAGCGCAUCAAGUAUGUGCGAACAUUCCGACGGAAUCAUGAGCAGCUGCAGAAGACGAUUGCAUCCGUCCUCGGACCAAAAUCUGGCCCAGACUCAAUGUCGCGACCUGGAAGCUCGGAUGGUGUCGCCAUACUCGAGGACAUAGGAGACGUCGAUGCAGUGCAAGAAGUUGCUAAUGCAUACAACGCAAUCCGAGAAGUCGACGUGCUUGACACAUCACCAGAUGGCACCGAGAUCUGGGUUCAAGCAGAGCUCCAAUACACCGAACGUACGUCGCGAGUCGAGAAUUCGAUCAUAGCGCGAUUACGAGAUCGACUCGCGACCGCAAAGACAGCUGGUGAGAUGUUCCGGGUGUUCGCCAAGUUCAACGCACUACUCGUCCGACCUAAGGUUCGUGGUGCCAUUGGUGAAUACCAAGCUCAGCUCCUGGACAACGUCAAGAACGAUAUCGCAGCACUUCACGAACGCUACAAGGCUCAAUAUGGCGGCUCAGAGACGCAGAUGAUGGCUCAAUUGCGUGACAUUCCUCCUGUGGCGGGCUCAAUUCUGUGGGUACGGCAAAUUGAGAAUCAGCUCAACAUUCUCAUGAAGAAGGUCGAAGCAGUGCUUGGUCAAGACUGGACUCUGCACGCCGAUGGUGCAAAGCUGCACGCCGAAAGUGAUCUUUUCCGCAAGAAGCUCACCACACGAACCAUCUACGAGGCAUGGCUUGCAGACGUCCAACGAAGGAACUUGCAGAUUUCAGGCAGACUCUUCAGCAUCACACGUGCUCGCGGAGCAACUGGCGCCCUCGAGUUCGGCGUCAAUUUUGACAACCACGUAAUCUCGUUAUUCAAGGAAGUGCGAAACCUGACCUGGCUCAAUUUCCAGAUCCCGCACGCGAUUUCCAACGUCUCGAAGGAAGCACAGCGUGUCUACCCGUUCGCUCUGAGCCUGAUGGAAAGUGUCACUGCAUACUUGGCUGUCUCGCGAACUAUCCAGUCCAUGCCGGAAGUCUCGCAACUUCUGAUCGGAUAUGAGCGAGAUGUACAGCUGCUGUUCUCCAAGGGCGUUCCACUGCGGUGGGAGUCGUUCGUACACAUCUACGAGCUCCCACAAGAGAAAGCCAACGGCGAUGGCAGUUCCUCUGUGGUUCGGUCGGAUAGUAAGCACGUUCAAUAUGUGCGAGACCUCUCGGCAGCCAUCUCCGUCCUUCAAUCUAAGACCUGGACUCUUCAGGAGAUCUCGAAGAACAUCACUCUGGCGAUGAAUGAGAUGAAGUCUUGUGCGUACAGUUUCAAGACCUUCGAAGCGCAUUUUGACACUGUCCAAAAUGGUGUGGAUAAGCUCAAUCUUGAGAAUUACGCACAUCUGAACUCGUGGGUCAAGAAACUGAACAGCGACCUGCGCAUCAUCCUCCAAGACCGAUUGGACACCGCCCUCGAAUAUUGGACCAAGUCGUUCUCCUCUACAUCGCAGGGCGAGGUGUUCCAGGCACAGCCUCAGGAAGGCGAUGUCCAUCAAAUCAGCUUUCCUCGCAUCGAAAUUGGCAUCCUGAUGAAUAACCAAACAAUCUUCACAGAGCCUCCACUCAACCACGUCAAGGCAUCCUGGCUGGUGAAUCUUGAGGAGUACCUCAACGUUCUGUGCCAUUUGCGGCUGAUCAAAGCAUCACGGUACCAGAUGUCUGCAGCAGCAAGCCUUGUACAGACCGAUGCGACAUUCGCAAAUCUUGUCCAAGGCAGUGUUAGUUCGUUGCAGACGGCUUUUGACGCAGUCGACAGCAAGCUUGGCGAUAUGUCUCUGUACCUCGAAGAGUGGUACAGAUAUCAGUCGUUGUGGGACCUUCGAUCAGACAACAUCGCUGAGGCUUUGGGCGAAGACUUGACACAAUGGCACCAAUUGUUGCAGGAGAUCCGAGACGCACGGUCGACAUUUGACACCUCUGGCGACCAGAAGGAUUUCGGCACUGUCAGCUUCAAUUACAAGCAAAUCCAAGCCAAGAUUACGCAGAAGUAUGAUCAAUGGCAGUACGAUGUCACUAUGCAGUUCGGUAAGCUGCUUGGCGGUCGGAUGAGUGAAGUGUUCUCAGAUCUCAAGCGAAGCCGAGCGGACCUCGAGAAUCAGUCGCUCGAGACCAGCUCGACGGCUCAGGCUGUGGCCUUUAUAACCAUCGUGCAGCAGUGCAAGCGGAAUGCUACGCUGUGGGAACCAGAAAUCGAGGUCUUCCGUCAGGGUCAAACCGCACUCUCGCGACAACGAUACAAUUUUGCAAGCGACUGGCUGUCCGCAAAUCAGAUCAGUGACGAAUGGAGCGCAUUCGAGGAGAUCCUGAAUCGAACGGCUAGACUGGUCGAGGAACAGACUGACGCUUUGCGAGCCAAAAUCGCAGCUGAGGAUACCCUGAUCUCCGCUCGCGUCAAGGAGACAGCUCUUCAAUGGCAGGACGAGCGACCCAUAUCUGGGACAAUCCCUCCGGACGAGGCAUCAGCUCUGCUGCGGUCCUUCCAGACCAAAUUCGAGAAGUUGCAAUCAGAGCUUGAAACGGUCUCACGAGCGAAGGAAGCACUUGGACUUCCCUUCACGAAAGACGACGAUCUUGCUGCUACUAUUGAAGAGGUCCAUGACUUCCAAUCCGUCUGGUCCGCGCUCUCAACGAUCUGGCAGAGUAUCAACGAGUUACGAGAAAGCCUAUGGUCAAGCGUACAACCCAGAAAGAUCAGACAGUCUUUGGAAGGUUUGGUAAAGAUGGCUAAGGAGAUGCCCAGCCGUAUGCGCCAGUACGCCGCCUUUGAACAUGUGCAGAAUGUGCUUCGACAGUUUAUCAAAGCGAAUUCUCUGCUGGGUGAGCUGAAAUCCGAUGCGAUUCGGGAACGCCACUGGGCCAAAAUCUUCAAAGCUCUGAAGCCCAGCAAGCGAUACUCUGAGAUAUCAAUGACUUUGGGCGACGUGUGGGACUUGCAGCUUGUUUCCAGCGAGUCGAUCAUCAAGGACAUCAUCCUGCAGGCUCAGGGCGAACUCGCGUUGGAAGAAUUCGUGAAGCAAGUCCGCGACACCUGGCAGAAUUACUCGCUGGAUUUGGUCAUGUACCAGAGUAAGACCCGCCUGAUUCGCGGCUGGGACGAUCUGUUCACGAAGUGCAGCGAGAAUCUGAACUCGUUACAAGCUAUGCGUCAUUCGCCCUACUACAAAGAAUUCGAAGAAGAAGCAUCAUCUUGGGAAGACAAGCUCAAUCGAGUACACGUCCUGUUCGACGUUUGGAUCGACGUACAACGGCAAUGGGUCUAUCUCGAAGGUGUCUUCAUUGGCAAUCAGGAAAUCCAGCACUUGUUGCCGACCGAGUCCAGUCGCUUCUCGAACAUCAACACCGAGUUCACAACCAUUAUGAAGAAGGUCACGAAAUCCCCCUUCGUGAUGGACGUCCUUGGAAUUCCGGGUGUGCAGAAGUCCCUAGAACGAUUGGCAGACUUGCUCAGCAAGAUCCAGAAGGCCCUUGGCGAGUAUCUUGAGCGCGAGCGCGUUCAGUUCCCCAGAUUUUACUUCGUGGGCGACGAGGACCUUCUCGAGAUCAUCGGCAACAGCAACGACACCACCCGAGUUGCGAAGCAUUUCAAGAAGAUGUUUGCUGGUAUCUCUGGCGCGGAAGUCAACGACGACAAUAUCAUCACUGCUAUCUCAUCGAAAGAAGGCGAAGUCGUACCACUGAAGAAGGAAGUCUCGCUCAUCAAGCUGCCGAAGAUCAAUGACUGGCUGACCGCGCUCGACAACAACGUCAAAGCUACACUUGCAGAGCUCUUAGCUGAAGCAUUUACCGAGUUUGAGUCGAUCUUCCAGUCGCCUGAACUCAACGUCGAUCAGUUCGUUGGAUAUCUGACCAAAUUCCCCACGCAGAUUGCCAUUCUUGGCGCGCAAGCGGUAUGGACAAAGCUUGUGCAAACGUCUUUGGAAGCAGCUGGUGCCGAUUUGUCGAAACUAUACGAUGCAGAGGUUCGGAUUCUUGAGAUGCUAGCGGAGAGUGUGCUGCAAGAUCUUCCAGCACUCACCCGCCGUAAAUGCGAGCAGUUCAUUACCGAAGCUGUUCAUCAACGCGAUGUGAUUGCAAGGCUGAUGAAAGCCGAGGCCAAUACACCUGGUCACCAUCUCUGGAUACUAUGCAUGCGCUAUGUCUACAAUCCUGAAGCUGAGCCGCUUGAUCGUCUCACAGUAGAGAUGGCAAAUGCUCGACUGCAUUAUGGCUACGAAUACCUUGGAGCUCCAGAUCGCCUACGUUUGGGAGGCUCGCCAUAUGGUCCAGCUGGCACAGGCAAGACAGAAUCGGUCAAGGCUCUUGGGCUUCAACUCGGUCGUUUCACCCUUGUGUUCUGCUGUGACGACACCUUCGAUUUCCAGGCCAUGGGUCGCAUUUUCCUGGGUAUCUGUCAAGUCGGUGCUUGGGGUUGUUUCGACGAGUUCAAUCGUCUGGAAGAGCGUAUCCUCUCCGCCGUCUCGCAACAGAUUCAAAACAUUCAGAUUGGACUUCGCAACAGUACCAACGAGCAAAAAGCCCAGAUUGAACUCGUUGGGCGACGCUUUCGAGUCAAUCAGAACUCCGGUCUUUUCAUCACCAUGAAUCCGGGUUACGCUGGGCGCUCUAACCUUCCUGACAAUCUGAAGAAGCUGUUCCGCAGUGUUGCGAUGUCGAAGCCAGACAAAGAGCUGAUCGCCGAAGUUAUGCUGUUCUCUCAAGGCUUCAAGCAAGCCAAGGCAGUGUCAAAACAAGUUGUGCCAUUCUUCGACCAUUGUGCGAGAGCGCUGUCCAAACAGCCUCACUAUGACUUCGGACUGCGUGCUUUGAAAAGUGUUCUUGUCAGCUCUGGCGGCCUCAAGAGAAUGCAUGUACAAGCUCAGGCGUCAGGCGAAGCCACAGCCGAAAUCACCGAACCACAGAUCAUUGUUCAGAGUAUACGAGAAACAGUGUCGCCGAAGCUGAUCAAGUCUGACGUGGAACAAUUGGUCGACGUCCAGCAGCAGGAGUUUCCCGGUGUUGAGUACGUCCCAGCUGACCUGACGAAGCUCAAGACGGCCAUCGCGGAAGUUAUGAAGGAGCAAAACCUCACGCCGACAGAGGCAUGGAUGACGAAGAUCAUUCAACUGUACCAGAUCCAGAACAUCCAUCACGGUGUUAUGAUGGUCGGACCUUCGGCUUCCGGCAAGACAUCAGUCUGGCGAGUCCUUCAGCAAGCGCUCCAGCGUGUCGAUGGCAUUGAGGGUGUCCACCAUUUGAUCGAUCCGAAAGUCAUGUCAAAAGAGGCGCUCUACGGAAGCCUUGAUAGCACAACUCGAGAAUGGACCGACGGCCUCUUCACAGCCACACUUCGCAGGAUCGUCGACAAUCUCCGUGGCGAGGACUCAAAGCGACACUGGAUCAUCUUUGAUGGCGAGGUCGAUCCAGUCUGGGUGGAAAAUCUCAACAGUGUGUUGGACGACAACAAGCUACUUACACUUCCCAAUGGCGAGCGGCUUAAUCUACCAUCAAAUGUCCGCAUCAUGUUCGAGGUCGAGAGCCUGAAAUAUGCCACUCUGGCUACUGUGAGUCGCUGUGGCAUGGUGUGGUUCAGUGAUGACACUGUGACACCAUCGCUCAUGAUCGACUAUUAUCUACGCAAUAUCGCGAGUCGGAGCUUCGACGACAUCGAUGAAGACAUCGGGACUGGCUCUGCUCCAGCCAAGGUCCAAAAUACUCAGCUCCAGAUCGUGGGCGUGCUCAGAGCGCUUCUGGAACGCAACGACUUCCUUCUCAAAGCGCUCGAGCAGGCUGCUGUCUACAAACAUAUCAUGGAGUUCACGGUCGCGCGAGCUCUGGACAGCUUUUUCUCCCUGUUGGUCAAAACAUGUCGACACAUCCUGCAGUACAACGUCAAUCAUCCUGAGUUCCCCCUCGAUGACGAGCAGGUGGAAGCUUAUGUGGCAAAGGAAUUACUCCUGGCGACGGUGUGGGCUUUGGUCGGUGAUGCAUCCCUAGCCAUCCGCAAAUCGUUCGGAGAUUACAUUGCUACACUCACAAACACCGAAGUGCCGACAUUGGAUGAUUCGACAUCAUUGAUCGACUACGAUGCCACUCUGCCGCAAGCGCAAUGGACACCAUGGCAGUCUCAAGUCCCUACUAUAGAGGUGAACACACAUUCAAUCACGCAGACGGAUGUCAUCAUUCCGACCGUAGAUACCGUUCGUCAUGAGGACGUGCUGUAUUCAUGGCUGGCCGAGCACAAGCCCCUGAUGCUCUGUGGGCCUCCCGGUUCUGGAAAGACGAUGACCCUGUUCAGUGCUCUGAGAAAAUUGCCCGACAUGGAAGUCGUGGGUCUGAACUUCUCAAGUGCCACGCAACCAGAUCUGAUUGUCAAGACAUUCGAGCAGUACUGCGAGUAUCGCAAGACACUGAAUGGCAUGGUCCUCUCGCCGACUCAGAUUGGCAAAUGGCUUGUUAUAUUCUGUGAUGAGAUCAAUCUGCCUGCACCAGACACGUACGGGACUCAACGAGCGAUUAGCUUCCUCCGGCAGCUGAUUGAGCAGAACGGCUUCUGGCGAACCUCAGACAAAGUUUGGGUCUCGCUUGAGCGCAUCCAAUUCGUGGGAGCUUGUAACCCGCCCGAGGACGCAGGUCGUCAUGCAAUGGGCACUCGCUUCCUUCGCCAUGCACCAGUCGUCAUGGUCGACUACCCUGGAGAGAUGUCACUUCACCAGAUUUAUGGCACGUUCAACAAUGCGGUCCUGAAGGUCAUACCCAGCCUUCGGGGAUUUGCUGAUGCCAUGACCCGUGCCAUGGUUGGCUUCUUCCUUCAGUCUCAGGCAAGAUUCACAGCAGAUAUUCAGCCGCACUACGUCUAUUCUCCGCGUGAGCUGACCAGAUGGGUUCGCGGGGUGUAUGAAGCGAUCUCGCCACUCGAGCAGCUCUCACAGGAGGGACUCAUUCGGGUCUGGGCACACGAAGCAUUGCGCCUGUUCUCGGAUAGACUUGUCACGCAAGAAGAGCGUGAUUGGACCUCGGACAUGGUCCGGCAGACGGCCUUGGAGCACUUCCCAUCUGCAAAUAUUGAUUCUGCCCUGCAUGGACCUAUACUCUUCUCAAAUUGGCUGUCUCGCAACUACGUCUCCGUUGAGCAGGAGCAGCUCCGCGAAUUUGUCAAGGCCCGUCUCAAGACCUUCUGCGAAGAAGAGGUGGACGUGCCUCUGGUGUUGUUCAACGAUGUGCUCGAACACGCUCUUCGCAUUGAUCGUGUAUUCAGACAACCACAAGGUCAUCUGAUCCUGAUCGGAACGAGCGGCAGCGGCAAGACCACUUUGUCACGAUUUGUGGCAUGGAUGAAUGGCCUCUCGGUCUUCCAAAUCAAAGUACACGGCAAGUACUCUGCAGAGGACUUUGAUGACGAUCUUCGUAACGUGCUACGUCGCUGCGGAACCCAGGGUCAGAAGCUGUGCUUCAUCAUGGACGAGUCGAACGUGCUCGACUCCGGCUUUCUCGAACGCAUGAACACAUUGCUUGCCAACGGAGAAGUCCCGGGUCUUUUCGAAGGUGACGAGUAUGCUUCUCUAAUGACCGCCUGCAAGGAAGGGGCUCAGCGCCAAGGCUUGCUCCUGGACUCGCAGGAAGAGCUGUACAAAUGGUUCACGCAGCAGAUCGUGCGCAACCUACAUGUCGUGUUCACCAUGAAUCCGCCUCAGGAAGGCCUGUCUUCGAAAGCUGCCACGUCACCAGCGCUCUUCAAUCGCUGCGUCCUCAAUUGGAUGGGCGACUGGUCGGAUCAAGCUCUAUACCAAGUUGGCUUCGAGCUUACACAAUCACUGGAUCUGGACAAAGCCAACUUUCAGUCUCCUGACAGCAUACCUGUAGCUUACAGUGGUCUCCAGCUACCCGCCUCUCAUCGUGAUUCUAUCGUCAACGCGAUGGUCUACAUCCAUUACUCUAUUCACAAGAUCAAUAUGCGUCUGGAGAAGCAGCAGGGCAUGAUCACGUAUCUGACGCCACGGCACUACCUGGACUUCGUCGCUCACUUCGUCAAGCUCUUUCGCGAGAAGCGCGAGGAUCUCGAAGAUCAACAGCGCCACCUCAAUGUUGGUCUUGACAAGCUCAAGGAUACUGUAGACAAAGUUCGCGACCUCAGAGUCAGCCUUGCCCAGAAGAAGACGCAACUUGAGGCCAAAGAUGCAGAGGCCAACGAGAAGCUACAACGAAUGGUGGCUGACCAGAGAGAAGCCGAGACUCGGAAGGCGGCAUCGCUUGAGAUCCAAGCAGCGCUCGAGAUCCAAGAGAAAGAGGUCGCAGAACGCAAAGAGAUUGUACUGAACGACCUGGCAAAAGCUGAGCCUGCCGUGCUGGAAGCGCAACGUAGUGUCAGCAACAUCAAGCGGCAGCAUCUUACGGAAGUCCGAUCGAUGGCCAACCCACCCAACGGUGUGAAGCUUGCACUGGAAUCUGUCUGCACUUUGCUUGGCAACAAGGUUGACGGCUGGAAAACCAUUCAGGGCAUUGUCCGUCGUGAGGACUUCAUCGCAAGCAUCGUUAAUUACGACAACGAAGCACAAAUGACGGCUGCGCUACGAGAGAAGAUGACUCGCGAAUUCUUGUCCAACGAUGAUUUCACGUUCGAGAGAGUCAAUCGCGCUAGCAAGGCAUGUGGUCCGCUCGUGCAGUGGGUGCAGGCACAAGUCAACUACUCAUCCAUUCUCGAUCGUGUCGGACCACUCCGAGCAGAGGUCGAGAAAUUGGAGGAUCAAGCUCUGACCACCAAGGCUGAGGCGAAAGCAAUUGAGAACACAAUCCUCAAACUGGAGCAGAGCAUUGCAACAUACAAGACCGAAUAUGCAGCUUUGAUAAGCGAGACCCAGGAGAUCAAGACCGAGAUGUCCCGCGUGCAGACAAAGGUUGAUCGAAGUGUUCGUCUUCUGGACAGCUUAUCUUCUGAGCGUGGUAGAUGGGAGGAUGGCAGCCGAUCAUUCGAAACACAAAUUCAGACCCUCAUUGGAGACGUGGUGAUUGCUUCCGCUUUCCUGGCUUAUGCGGGUCUUUAUGAUCAGCAGUUUCGCAAGGCUAUGGUGGAUGACUGGUUGCACCAACUUGCACAAUCCGGCAUUGCGUGCAAGAGCGAUGCCAGCGUACUGGGCUAUAUGUCGACUGCGGACGAACGUCUUCAGUGGCAGCGCAACACACUUCCUGGCGAUGACUUGUGCAUGGAGAAUGCGAUCAUGGUCAAGCGCUUCAAUCGGUAUCCACUCAUCAUCGAUCCCUCCAGCCGGGUGACCGAGUUUCUGAAGCGGGAGCACGAAGGCUGCAAGCUGACUGUGACGAGCUUCCUUGACGAUGCAUUCACCAAGCAGCUGGAAAGCGCGCUACGAUUCGGCAACCCGAUCCUGAUCCAGGAUGCGGAAUAUCUCGAUCCGAUCUUAACCCAUGUGCUCAACAAGGAAUACCAGAAGACUGGUGGGCGUGUUCUGAUACAGCUUGGCAAGCAAGAAAUCGACUUCUCGCCUAGCUUCCGCCUCUACCUCUCCACGAGGGAUCCCUCGGCUCGAUUUGCACCUGAUGUGUGCAGUCGUACCACAUUCGUCAAUUUCACGGUGACACAAAGCAGUCUGCGAACGCAGUCACUCAACGAAGUCCUCAAGUCUGAAAGACCAGAUGUGGACAAGCGUCGCACGAAUCUGAUCAAGAUGCAAGGAGAUUUUAAUACCAACUUGCGACAGCUCGAGAAGCGGCUUCUUCAAGCUCUAAAUGAGUCUCGUGGAAACAUUCUGGACGACGACAAUGUAAUUCAGACACUUGAGACACUCAAGAAGGAAGCUGCAGUGAUCUCGAAGAAGAUGAAGGAGACAGAAGGCGUCAUGACCGAGGUCGAGCGCAUCACAGAGGACUAUGGUUGGAUCGCCAACGCUUGCAGUGCGAUCUUCGCUAUUCUGGAGCAAUUGUACCAUCUCAAUCACACAUAUCGCUUUUCAUUACAGUACUUCACGGACAUCUUUAGCGAGGUACUCACCAAGGCCAAGAACAUGGGCGACGAGAAAGACCACAGAAAGCGCGGCGAAAGCAUUUUGAAAAAUCUUUUCGUCGAAACGUUCCAGCGGACAUCGCUGUCACUAUUGCAGAAAGACCGGAUUGCUCUUGCGGUGUUGUUAAUUCGAGCUACGCCUUACGAAUUUGAUCGAUCAAUCCUCGAGCUAGUCCUGGACGAGCGACCAACCUCGAGCAGCUCAAGUAAGCAAUCCGACACCAUGAAAGACAUCGUUGCCAAGAUCCAGCGACAGCCGCCCUUCAAGGGCGCUGUCGUUGAUGAGAGAAGCAAAGACUGGCUACAAUUCAUGUCUGCUGAGCGCGCCGAACGCUACGUACCGCAGUUGUGGCAGUCCAACAACAAUACGAUCGAUGACGAGCUUCUGCGAUUGCUGGUUGUCAAGAUUGCCCGGCCAGACCGAUUCAUGCCCGCCGCUCAGAACCUAGUCAAGCAGGUUUUUGGUACAGAGAUCCUCGCAGGAGACGACAGUCUGAGCCUCAUUGUUCAGCAAGUGAACAGCAUCGUCCCCAUUGCGCUCAUGUCGAGUCCUGGCUUUGAUGCCAGCUACAAGGUUGAUGCACUCGUCGAGAAGCAGAAUGCCUCGUGUGCCAACGUCGCUAUGGGUUCGGAAGAGAGCGUUGCAAGCGCAGACAAAGCCAUCACGAGCGCUGCCGCUAACGGAACCUGGGUGUUGAUCAAAAAUGUACACCUCGCGCCGCAGUGGUUGCAGAGUUUGGAGAAACGUCUGACCGCAGUGAAGCCUCACGACGACUUCCGUAUCUUUCUGUCGAUGGAAGCAAGCCCCAAGAUUCCAGUCAACCUUAUCAGAGCAUCACGGGCACUAGUCUACGAACAGCCUGCUGGUAUGCGUGCGAAUAUGAAGGACACACUAGCUGUUCUGUCUGAUCGUGGUACACAAGCGCCUGUGGAGAAGGGCCGACUUUACCUGUUGCUCUGCUUCCUUCACGCCAUUCUGCAGGAACGCCUUCGAUACGCGCCGACACUUGGCUGGAAGGGCUUCUGGGAGUUCAACGACAGCGAUUACGAAUGCUGCGCUUUCAUCAUUGAUACUUGGAUUGAGCACGUCGCGCAAGGCCGCUCCAACGUGGCGCCUGUCAAGCUACCGUGGGAUCUGAUCCGGACUCUGAUUAUGGAAAUGUACGGAGGCAAGAUUGAUGACGAGGGAGAUUUUGGUCUGCUUGGAGACUUGGUGCGCAAGAUCUUUGAUCCUGCUGCGUAUGAGAAUGAACAUGCUCUGGUGUCUGAAGCGAGCACAGAGCCACUCAAGGUGCCGAGUGGAACCACUAUCAAGGACUUCAUGGGCUGGGUCGAUCAGCUGCCUGAGAGAGAGCCGCCGGCGUAUCUCGGUCUGCCGGACAAUGCGGACAAGUUGCUGCUGGUUGGGCAAGGGAAGGAGACGAUUCAGAAUCUGGCGAGGGUCUCGGACUUGUUGGAGGAGGGCGAGGAAUUGGCUAGUGCACCUGCGGGCGAGCCUUGA